AAGACAUCGUAAAGCGUACGCAUGCCGCUGAGCAAGUCCUCAAAGAAUUCCCCGUACACGAAAAGCUAGCGUCUUCCAUCGCCGUGCAUAGGUGUGACGUCAACAGCAUCUUAGAGGAUUCAUCUACCAGCUUCAGUAACCUCAGCGGCACACCUCGGGAUCCAUCUCAUUUCGGACUCAUUCGCGACGCAAUAGUAUCUAUUCCUAAGCGAUCCAAAAUUCAAAGCGUGGUGCGGUCGCCGAUCUCUACAUGACGCUCAGCCUAUCAUCUUCCGUUCAUACACAUGCUAGCUCAUCGUUCGCUAGUACCGCCAAAGUGAGCGAGCGGAAUGCAGUCGAAGACCUCCAGGACUUCACGGAUCAGAGAGAGGACAUCAUCCGCGUUUGUGACGCUGUAGCCAAAGGUGAUCUUACCCGCCAGAUCACCUUCGAAGCCCGUGGCGAGGUUUUCAAUAAACUGAAGUGUGUUGUCAAUACUGUGAUGAAAAACAUUGGCGGGUUUGCAGCGGAGAUCUCGCUGGCUUCAGAGUCCUUGAUGGGAGGGUGCGUAACAAUCUCAUCUCUGUUUAACAGGAUAUCCAUCAGCGAUGCUCUGGGAACCUCGGAGGACAUUAUUUGCGUCACCCUGAGCUCGAAGGAACGUGGCACUUCUGGUCGACCAUCUUGUUGGCAUGGUCACUGGUCAAACCUUUUGAAAGAAAUAGAGGCCAAAGCGUCUGACGAGCCUCUUGACCUCAAAAUCACGGUCAAUGGCAUGAUCACGCGACUGAGAACUUUUGCUGCUGAAGACGUCAAAAGUUGAUAGUUCUAGUGACUUGAGUCGUUGUGCAGAGGUUGUAGAUAUCGAAGGGUGUGCAGUCUGAGUUGAUCAAGAACGUGCGUGGAUUGCGUUCGAACGUCGAUUUGGAUUUAUCAAAGCAGCUU